UAAACGUCUCUGUUUCCAGCUUCCCACUCACUCGACUCGACCCUCAGUGCCCGAGUCCCUAAUUCGUCUCCUCGCACAGCGCCACCGUCAAGAAGUCUUUCAACGACGGCGCCGCUUAACACGCCGGCGAAGCCUUUGACGGUGAUUCAAUCCGUCGCCUCCACUGCUUCGUGAGUUCUUCACUGCAUCUAGUGCAAAGAUGCCUAAAGUAAAGACAAACCGUGUGAAAUACCCAGAGGGAUGGGAAUUAAUUGAGCCCACGCUCUGUGAACUACAAGCAAAGAUGAGGGAAGCUGAGAAUGAUCCACAUGAUGGCAAAAGAAAAUGUGAGACUUUAUGGCCUAUAUUUAAAAUUGCACACCAGAAGAGCCGCUACAUAUUUGACCUCUACCAUCGGAGGAAUGAAAUUUCUAAAGAGUUGUAUGAAUUCUGUUUAGAUCAAGGAUAUGCUGACCGCAACCUGAUUGCAAAAUGGAAGAAGCCUGGUUAUGAACGUCUGUGUUGCUUGACAUGCAUGCAACCGCGGGAUCACAAUUUUGCCACCACUUGUGUUUGUAGAGUACCCAAGCAACUUAGGGAGGAGAAGGUAAUAGAGUGUGUCCAUUGUGGUUGCAAAGGCUGUGCAAGUGGGAACUGAUUGGACAUCAAUUGUAGUUGCAUAAAAUGCCCAAGGAGGUUUUGUAAGUUGAGAAGGGGACAUGGCAAGAGUAUGGAGUCAGUAUUCCUAUUUGCCUUUCAAAAUAUUGUUUGAAACUAAAGGACCAAGUUCUCUAUUCCUGCCAGGAGUGAACAGACAAACUGAAGUUUCUCUCCUUUCAUCAUUCAAUGUGUGAAAGAGAAAAGAAAAAGAAAAGGUUACUUGUAAACAGUAAUGGAGAUUGUUGUCAGUUACUCUCCAUAACGUUUGAGAAGCUUUGGUCCCACAGCACUUAAAAGACAAUGUGCUCAAAUAUUAAGGGCUUGUUUCAUUCC